AUGUUGAGGAACAGAGUGAAGUUAACCAAGGCCUAUGGCUUUUCAGCUUCCAGCGAUGCCGACUCCAAGACUGACGACAAGGCCAAGGCCACGGACACUGCAAAGGAAACUGCUAAGGACACGGCAAAAGCAUCCGACACUGCAAAGGCGACCGAUUCGGCUAAGGCAUCUGAUACUGGCAAGGCCAAGGCCACCAGCGGCGCCGCCGCGACAACGGACACUGCUUCUGCCACCGGAACGGCCGCGAAGACGGCCAAGGGCAGCGGAACCGCAGAGGCGUCCGCAACGGGCACCGCCUCGGGCACUGGCAAGAACAAGGAUGACAAGAGCAAGACGACGAAGCACAAGUCGAAGACGUUUGACGCACGACUGCCGUCCGGCGGUAUCUCGAUGAUUACGCCGGGCCCGUAUGACGGCAGCCAGUACUACAAGAUUGGCGACUGGGUGACGUUCGCGUGGAACUACACGUCGCUGUCGGUGACGCCGUCGGCAAUUAACGUGCUGGCCAGCUGCAGCGUCAACUCGGCGACGUACACGAUUGCGGCCAACAUGAGCGUCGGUAACGGUCCCGGCACCGUCUACUGGAACACCAACGACACCAAGGCCUCGGCCACGCAGAGCCUCGUGCAGGAGACGUACACUCUGAUUGUCUACGAUGCAGGAAGCAGCAUCAGCGCCACGGCCGGCGCCGGCUACCUUGGUGUCUCGAACACGUUCCGCUUCGGCAUGUACAACCCGCAGCCGUACACGCCGCGUGCCCAAUGGAGCUGCCCCUCUUGCAACGCCGCGUUCUCUACCUUUGAGCGCCAGACCAUGGGCUUCUUAGUCGGCACGUUCGCCAUCACCGUCGCGACAUUCACCUGGUUCGUCGUCGGCUUCGGCGUCAUCUAG